AUGGCUGAUGUACCAGAAAUUCCUGCUGAUUUAGGCAGCUUGGGAGCAGAGUCUAAUGGAUUUGGAGCUCUCCCAGGCGUCAAUCUGCUGAAACUGUCUAAAGCGAAAGACCUGUGGAAGAAGACAUCAAGCCAUCCACGGGAAUCCAACAGCAUAACAGAGUGGAAUGAAAUAAUACGAAAGGCUGAAGAGAAAUGGGAUACAUUUGAAGGUCCAGAAGAUCAACGUGCUAAGCUUGCAGCUUCUGCUACGAGUAUUCAUAGACAACUACUUUCGAGGUUUCCUUUCCUCACAGAGCAAUGGAAACAGUUCCUGAUAUUCACAUACAAGGUCAGUGGCCUCAAAGAUUCUCUUGCUGUGCUUGAACUUGCAAGUAAGAAGUUUCCUCAGAGUGUGUCUCUUUGGGUGGAGUAUCUCACGGCCCUUAUAAGUGCUGGUGAUGAGUUCUCGGACAGCCAUAACAUCGAUAGAGAAUUCGCCAGGGCCAAGGGCCAUAUUGGCUAUCACUUUAACUCAGAUCCAUUCUGGGACAUGUACAUUGCACAUACAUCGAAGAAAGAUGAUCCCAAAGAUCUUUUGGAACUAUAUCUUUACCUUAUACAUGUUCCGUUGUACCAAUAUGCCCGUUAUCAUAAUCAGUUCGUGGAUAUCAACAAGACUUUCGAUGUGAGUGAAAUAAUACGUGACGAAAGUCGUUUAUCAGAACUUCUCAAGUCAUUUGACAAGGCUUCAGUUGACGAGUUGUCUGCUCUAGAGAAGCAGCAGUUGAUUGAUGACUACACGAAUAGCAUUUUUGCUGAAACUCAAGCGCAAGUUAACGAAAAGUGGACUUUUGAAUCUGCGUUGGUGGUUCAAGAUUUUCUGCCUAAUGCUGCCACUGAUCCAAAACCUUGGCUCGACUACUUGAAGCACGAACUUGAAGCCUUAAAAUCUGCAUCUGAUGAAAGCCAGAAAAAGCGUCAGGUUGUUAGCAUUACAAACCUUUUUGAACGUUCUGUGGUCCCAAAUUGCUUUACCAGUGCGAUUUGGCUUGAGUAUGGCAAAUUUGCACAAGAAUUUCUAGCCUUUGAAGACGCAAAGGCCGUAUUUGAUAGAGCUGUGUUCAAUUUUGUUCCACUCAAUGAGCCAGAGAUAAGGAUCAUGUACAAGGACUUCUUGAUGAAAAAUGAACAAUUCGACGUAUGCAACGAGUAUUUGUUGGACCUCAUCAAGUUGUUCUCUGGCUCUACUGGCAGUAAUAUCUAUACAAAGGCUCCUUACAUUCAUUCCAUUCAACAGCUAUUAUCACUUUGGCAAGAGCACGUCUCACCGGAAAAGUUACAGAGCAUACUAGACUCCCUUGUGACGGGGUACUUCGACAGGGUAGACAGGUACAAGAAAGAAACUCCAUCGAAUACUACCUCUGGGGAUACAAAAUCAAAGUACGAGCUCAAGCCAGCUUUCAUUACGAUUCUUUCCAAGCUUCUAAACGACGAUGGUAUUUCUGUUGUCGCUGUUGCGUAUUUGAAGGUGCUUGAAACUGCGAAGGAAGUUGUGAAAAUCAGAACUUUCUAUAAUAAGUACUAUCAAGAACCAUCAUUUUCGUGGUCUGUCCAAUUCUGGAAGUUCUUUGUGGAGUUCGAGGGUUACAACCAGGUCAAUUUAGUCAAUUUGAGAAGCGUGUUGAACUACAUUAAUGAAGAAUCAGCUCUUCCUCAAAGAGCAGUCGAUGCAUUUGCAGAAAUCUACCAUGAAAUUAUUUUGAAAAACUUGAAACUAGCAAUGCUUUUAAAAGGGCCUAAUGGAGAAGACUUGCAUGACACAUUAACUAAUUUUGAUUUAGGCAAGUCGCAUAGCUUGUGGGAUACUCCCGAAGCAAAAAGGAUGGCUAAAAACAAUGCUCAUAUCAGGGACAUGGAAGAGCAAAGACUGUCGAAAAACACAUCCAACCACUAUUCGCCAUCGCUGUUUGACCGACAGAAGGAGUUCCAGAAGUUUAUCAAGAACUAUUCAUUUAACCCAGGUAUUUUUCAAGAGCUACCGGAACAGAAUCAUCCGGAAAAAGAAUUUGAGUUCGUAUCUCUCGUUGAUGAUGACAUUAAGCUUCCAGAACUUCCCACAUACAAAAAUUUGGAUAAGUUGAACGGGCCUAUUCAAUAUCCAGACGAGUAA